CCCUUCGACAGAUCCAAUCUAGCACCAACCGAACAGCCGAGACUGCCUUCUGUAACCGUACGAAGAAAUGGCUGCGUCCGUAUGCCGAGUGGGGAGCACUGUGGGUCGAGCCCUUGCCAAAACCCACAGACCCAUCCUGCUGUCCUUGAGGCGUGGACAGGCCUCAGUAAGCUAUGCCCAGAGUCUGUCAGGAGCCCCUGAAACCCGUCUUACUACACUGGACAAUGGUUUGAGGGUUGCGUCUGAGGAGACUGGACAUGCUACAUGCACUGUUGGACUGUGGAUCGGUGCAGGCAGUCGCUACGAGAGUGAGAAGAAUAAUGGAGCAGGCUUUUUCCUGGAGCACAUGGCUUUCAAGGGAACCAAGAAGCACCCACAAACAGCCCUUGAGCAGCAGGUGGAGUCUAUGGGUGCUCACUUGAGCGCCUACACCUCCCGGGAGCACACUGCAUACUAUAUGAAGACCCUGACCAAAGACCUGCCUAAAGCUGUUGAGCUGCUGUCAGAAGUCGUGCAGAGCUGCUCCCUUAACGAGGCUGAAAUCGAGCAGCAGCGGAGCGUGGUCCUGCGUGAGUUGGAGGAAGUUGAGAGCAACCUGCAGGAAGUUUGCCUGGACCUGCUGCAUGCCACAGCCUUCCAGGGGACUGCUCUGGGACACAGUGUGCUGGGCCCCUCCAGCAGUGCCAGGAAUCUGACCCGCCAGGAUUUAGUGGAUUACAUCAACAGCCACUAUAAAGCUCCUCGCAUGGUGCUCGCUGCUGCUGGAGGUGUGAGCCACGACGAGCUGGUUGGUUUGGCCAAGUCUCACUUCAGUGGAGUGUCUUUUGAGUACGAGGGAGAUGCUGUCCCUGUGUUAUCACCCUGCCGGUUUACUGGCAGUGAGGUCCGUAUGCGUGACGAUGCUUUUCCCUUGGCACACAUUGCCAUCGCCGUGGAGGGUGCUAGUGCUGCUAGUCCAGACAUCGUGCCUCUUAUGGUGGCCAACGCCAUCAUCGGCAGCUAUGACCUUACCUACGGUGGUGGAAAGCACCUGAGCAGCCGCCUGGCUCGCCUGGCGGUGGAGGAUAACCUCUGUCACAGCUUCCAGGCCUUCCACUCCUCUUACAGCGACACUGGCCUGCUGGGCAUUUACUUUGUGGCCGAUAAGAACAACAUCGACGACAUGAUGCACUGGUCCCAGAAUGCCUGGAUGAAUCUGUGCACCACAGUGACAGAGAGUGAUGUCGCCAGAGGCAGGAAUGCUCUGAAGGCUAGCCUGGUUGGACAGCUCAAUGGAACAACACCAAUCUGUGAUGACAUUGGCAGACACAUUUUGAACUACGGCCGGCGUAUUCCUAUAGCAGAGUGGGAUGCUCGGAUUGAUGCUGUGACCCCCAAGAUGGUGCGUGACAUCUGCUGCAAAUACAUUUACGAUAAGUGUCCUGCUGUGGCUGCUGUCGGCCCCAUUGAGCAGUUACCGGACUACAACAGAAUGCGCAGUGCCAUGUACUGGCUGAGGUUCUAAGAUGAUUAGUUAUGUGUCUCUUCUUCCUCACCCUUACUUCACCUUCCUCCCCUUAUCUCUGCGAGAGUAAACAGUGGAUUCUCCACAUGUUGGUGUGUCAGCAAAGGCAGCCAUCCAACCUCUGCUUCCCGUUUUUGUCCAACCAGCUCAUUAACAGUAGCCAUCAGGGGGCAGCCAAUCUGCAUAUUUUGUCUUUAAAUUGCGUUCUGGUUACAUAUUGAUUGUACUGCACAGGUACUGCUCACCUUAUACUGAUUUAUAAAGGGAACAGAGGGCUGACUUGAACAUUGAAUAAUUAUCAGUGUGACAUAAUAUGGUCAGUACUGAAUAUCACCAGAUGGAGCAAGAGUAUAUUUAUAAUUUCUGUAACAUUUGUUUCUGUCCACUAUUGUACAUAACAGAAGCUCUCAUUCCAACAAAAAUUAAAAAAAAAACUGUAAAAUA